AUGAAUUACGUGAAAUUAAAUUGGGUAGAUCUCUCAGCAUUACAAAACGGUUUAGAAGCGUUUAAACAAUUUAUAAAUUUUAUUUACGGUGAUCAAUCCGCUGCUGCCAUUGGUGGUAGUCUUUCUGAUCAGUUACUUCUUCUCUCCAAAUUAUUCGCAGUUCCAGAUUUAGAAAUGUCAAUACGAUCAUCAUCAAUUUUAGACCUUCUUAAAGUAAAUAUAGGAGGACAAUCAUUAGAAUCUCAAUUACCUUGUAAUACAACUCAGGGCAGUAGUGGAAUAAAUAAUUCUAAUAAUGGUAUUUCACUAUCAGAACAACUAGCAAAUAUUGGGGGAUUUGUAAAUAAUAAUAAUAAUGCUUCGCCGUUUUCCUCCCUGCCUCUAUAUGCUGGUAAACUAUAG